GUCCGUGUCAGUUCGCCGUUUUCCGCGAAACAUUCAAAGUGUCACGUUUUACUCGAGCUCGAAACACUGCCGCGCAAAUAUUCAACUGGUUUUGUGCAUUUCUUCAAAAUUUCUUUCACAUAGUUGCAGUGUUGAAGGUCUGAAGAAGUCGGAAGUUGAAGGUCAAGAGCGCAACUGCUUCGCUCAUUAAAGAAGAAAACGUUGGAUAGUUGGAAGUUCGAAGAGGUUGGAAGCUGAAGAUCACGGGCCCGAGUGUUUUGGUUUUGAGAGAUAACGAGGACGAGCAAGACCAAGAAAUUAUUGUACUGCUUUCUGCGGAUUCUCCCAAAAGCUUGUUAAGAUGGCUGCAAAUUAGGAAGUUUGAAGUAGUUGUAAACUGAAGGUCGAGGGUGCAAGAGCUUUGGUUUAGAGGGGGAAAAGUUUUGUAAUCGAGAAUGUCGAGGAAAUUAUUACGAUUCUAAAGUAAUAUUAUUAGGCUGUUUUUUCUUUUCCUUUUUUUUUUUUUUUGUGGAUUUUCAUUACGUUUUUUAAGGAAGCUGAAAAGUUGAAGAUUUAAGGAAGUUGAGGAGCGAAGAUCGAUAUACCUAAAAUAAAUAUUAUUCACCUGUCUUCCGCGAAUUUUUACAAAGUUUCUGCAAGGAAUUCGACCUUUUGCUUUAGAGGAAAAGAUUUAUUUUAUUAUUACGGGUUUCCCUAAAAUUUCUUAAUGGAAAUUAGAAAAUCAGUGAGCCGAAAGACUUGAAAACCGGAAGCUGGUGGUAAAACUGCUUUGGUUUAACGGGGAAAGAAUUUAAAAAGUCGAGGACGUUGAAACGAUCGAGAUAACAUCGCGCAACUGUUUCCUAUGGAUUUUUUUGAAAUUUCCUAAAAGAAGACCGGUAAAAGCAAGUCCAAAGAAGCUUGAAAACCGACAAUUAAAGAAACAGCUGCUCUAGCUUAGCAAAAAAAUAGCGCCAAAGUCGAGGAAGACGACAAAUCGAAGAAAACGGAGAAUAUCUGUGAAACUAUUUUCUUCAAACAGAAGUGGAAGUUUGGAAGUUAAGGAAGACUAAGAAGUUUCGUGUAACAACGUUCCGGAAGUUAGAAAAAUGAGAUUGAGAGUGGAAGUGCUUUCAGCAGAAAGAGGAAUUUCAACAUUGAGUGAUCGACGAAGGUUCUAUCAGUGAUAAUUAGGAGCUCGAAUGUUUGGAAUUAAGUUUGAGUGCCUGAGAGGAAUUUAAUGUGUCGUUGUAAAAACUGUUGUAAAAGCUCAAGGAACUUGAUAUUAAAAAUAAAUAUCUAAAUGGACCAUACUUUAAACAGACCAUAAAUAAGGCUUCCAGAUAGAAGCCAGAUUGACUCUGUAUUUUGAAACUUAAUCUUCCUUAAGUCAAGUACAACGUGCUCUGAGGACCCAACAAAGUAAAUCACACGAGUACCACUUCGUUCAAGAAAAACAGCUAACCAGUCUCCAACUUUGUUCAGACGAAUCAUUUCCAUUCUUCCAUCAAAACUUCAAAUUCUAUUAGCAAUCCAAAAACUCUGACAACUCUCAAUUUAUUCCACGAUCAACUGAAAACGACGCAAUCACCUCUUCAAACGAAUCCAAACCAAUCUUGACUACCAGUUCUAACGAAAGAGUCUUAAAAUUGAGACUUUACGAAACUUUACUUUAACAGAAAUUCCACGAUAUAUUGAAAACGAUGCAAUCAGUUCUCUGAUCCACGCGCAAACUAAAUUACACUCGAUUUUAUUUCCAUUAAUAACAAAACUCUAAAUCUGCCACUGAAAACGAUGGAAUCAAGUUUCUGAAACAAAGAAAACCAAUUAGUACCAAGCCACGUACAUCUAUCAAAACACACACCAACGAUUCGCGUGGAAUGACCAGCCUUCACCAUGGAUCCUACAACUACCCUGACUCCCAAAGUCAUUUCUUCCGCUCUACAAACCUAUCUCCAAAACUUCACCGCCUUCACCAACACCACAAACACCGUUCUGCCUCUCAGAGACUCUUUAUACAUCGUAAUACCAGUGACCGUGAUUUAUCUGUCGAUCUUCAUAACCGGUAUAAUCGGAAACAUCAGCACGUGCAUCGUGAUCGCGCGCAACAAGUCGAUGCACACAGCCACCAACUAUUAUCUAUUCAGCCUAGCGGUGUCAGACCUGUUGCUGUUAGUCUCUGGCCUCCCAGCAGAGAUCUAUAUGGUCUGGUUCAAGUACCCGUAUAUAUUCGGCGAAGUUUUCUGUGUUCUUCGGGGCCUGGCAGCGGAAACCUCCACGAACGCUUCGGUGCUGACCAUUACAGCGUUCACCGUCGAAAGAUAUUUGGCUAUUUGUCAUCCGUUCUUGUCGCAAACGAUGUCAAAGCUGACGAGAGCGGUGAAGCUGAUCCUUGUAAUUUGGUUAAUGAGUCUGUUGUUCGCAUUGCCACUGGCGUUGCAAGUCGGAGUUGUCCACCAUCACAGCAAUCCAAAGAUGGUGAUGUGUACCGUGAAGAGAGUUCUGGUCAAGCAUUCGUUCGAAUUGUCCACCUUCUUCUUCUUCGUGGUCCCGAUGCUUCUCAUUACGGUGCUGUACGCGUUGAUUGGACUGAAACUGAGGAAAUCGAAUAUGAUGAAGAGGAGCAGAGGCAGCGGCGAAAGCGGAAGCUGUAGGCAUCAUCCUGGAAAAUCGUCGAGGAGAGUGCUGAAGAUGCUCGUUGCCGUGGUGAUAGCCUUUUUUAUUUGUUGGGCGCCGUUUCACGUACAGCGACUGGUCGCCACACACGGGACGAACUCGGAGGACCACAUGAGCUCAAACAGCAAGUUGGACGAGUUCCUUUAUACCCUGAUGACCUACAUAUCCGGCGUACUCUAUUACGUGUCCACGUCGAUCAACCCGAUUUUAUAUAAUAUCAUGUCGAACAAAUUUCGAGCCGCGUUCAUGGAAACAUUGUCAAGGAGUUGCAGAAUCCCUGGCCUGGCGACUCGCAUGGAGCAACGGUCGUACUCGAGCCUGCCACGAUCGCAGCAGCGAGCGAUCGGCUCUAGAAACAUGGGAACAGGCGGCACCGGAGUCAUCCACGACAGCACCGACUGUUCCGGAAAUUCUGGCCAUCAUAGCCUAAAGCAGAACACGCCAUUGGCUGAGCAUCUUAACGUGGAACCGACCCGGAGCAACGUGGAUAAGGUGGGCGACGAGGACAUUGGGAGACUGGAAAAUUCGAAAGAGAUUAGAAACAAGGAGAUCGGUUGCUGCAAGUGUUCGAGAAAAUCGAGGCCGGCCAGGUAUACCACUGUGAAGCUUUCGAACGUGAACCAAUCUGAGAAGAAAUGGUGGCGUUUGUUAAAGUGGUUCCCCGGUUUAAAGUCCUUGAAACUCGCCGGAAGAAGCACGUGCACUGUCCCGGAAAAUAGCCCCCUCAGAAGGUCAGAGCUUAGACGAGAAGAGAUCUCGAUGACUUUGUGGAAUGAAACCAACGAACAAAACACUGUUUGAGUUUUCGAGGAUGCGAUAUCGGUUUAGGUAAAAACGUUGAAAUUAUGAAUGACGAAAGUGGAACUUGGGUCGAAAUUAGUCUUGGAUCUGUGGUUCGUGGUGAGUUCGUGAUGGUGAUGGUGCUUGAAACUCGAAAUGGAUUAAUUAUCCCCGCUUAAUUAUCAUUACGAUUAUUACAGAGUAACUGAGAAUUGCGAGAUUGAACUUUGAGUAAACGGUCGCGGGUUAGACGUAUGAAUGAAUUUUAUGGAAUGAUGAGAGCAUAUGACGAUAAGCUACAAAAAUAUUUUAGCUCGCUAAGCUGAUGCUGAAAGGGAAAAUGAGACUGUGCAAGUGCAAGUAAUUGGAACCUUCUAUCUUCUUUUCUUUUUCUUUCUUCUUCUUUUCUACGCGAGGAGGGGAAAAUGCACUUACGCGUACCCAGCAACCCGUGCGGCCGCUGGAUUACGUGAACUCGGCAAAAUGGUAGCGCCUCUACCCAUUGAAAACCUCUCCUCUUCCUGAUAUUGAAUAGCUACACGAGGUCCAACCCCGUAACUGCCACAAGCAUCACGUCGAGGUUGGCCUCUUCGGAUUCGUAUCUCUUCAUUUAUUUCAUGAAUAGUCAAGUAAUUGGAACCUAACCUUGGCCUGGUGUAAACAAAGCAGGCUUCAGAUCUUAGUUUUCGCAUUCAGGAAUUAAAAUCAAUCUGCUGUGGUAUGAUCAUCUAUAUGGUGAUAUGACCUAAGUCGAGGUAAAUUUAACUUCGUCCUAAUCUACAUUAGAUCUGAGCGAUAAAAUCUAACUAACUUCGAAUUGCAUCUAACUUAAUUUACAAACGAUAAAAUUUCACUUUCUUCCUUCGCACGACAAAUAUUUAAGUUUGUAAAUCAUAAAAGAAGAAUGCUUUAAAAAUACUGUACGAUUCUAUGUUGCAAAGCCAACAAAUAGUUUUCCUUAUUGAGUAUUAAAAAGAUUUUAUUAGAAAGAAAAAUUGAAAUUCGAAUAAAAUUGAAAAAAAAUCGUUCAUUUUAAAAAGUUUAUAGAGCAUCUCAGUUAGCUUACCUGUGCAAUCUUGUAUCUUUGUACAUUGUAGUUCUAAAAAUCGUUAGUUUAUUUCAUCCAUCUCUGCUUGCAUUUUGGAACAACUGUCCAACUAAAAACACACACACACACGACUCACCUUUAUUUAAAGGAAAAACUAGUUUGUGAAAAUGAUUAAAAAAUUCGAACUAAUCGUCGAGCUAACGUGAACUUUUGGUGUGAAAAAUUUGGUGCUGUUAUUGUAACGGGACGAACUCGUUAAUCCGAUCGAUUCAGAAGAAAUCACGAAUUCCACGUGGUUUACAGUAUAACUUUUGCCUCAAUAAUUGAGAAGCUUAACCCAAUUGUUUCGAACUUUAAAAAGACUGAUCCUUAUUAACUACAGUUUCUACAAGAAAUCACAUUUUCAUCGUAUUUCCCGCUGGUCGAUAAUUUACCUAUAGAAACUUCUAGGCGCUCUACAAUAUCGACCCGAGAUAAAUCUCGCUUAAUUAAAAAUAGACGAUUUUCGUUACCGUAUAAAAACCUAUUGUUUCUGCGGAGAAUCAGUGAACGUUACAUAUGACAUUACAAAUUACAAUCAUUUCCGUUUUCCUUCUUCCUUCCACUUUUUUGUCAUUAGAAAGUAUCUAGUUUUUUAUUUUGUUUCAUUUCUCUUUUUAUGGUAUCACUGAUUCCUCAAAAAGAUUUAGUAUCUAACGAAGAAAAUAAUAAACUUAAUUUUGUCUUUUAAAAAUGCAUGAACAUGUGUUGAGAGUAACCUUGUAAGCUUCAUUUGAUAAAUACAACAUGAUUGAUUUGGUAAAAGAGUAACACGUCCAGAAAAUCACAACUUCCAAGAUAUACGCAGAAAUUAACUCUAAAAGUGAACUAUUUAAAAAUAAUAAAUAUCCUUUACUAGAAUAGAAUAAUUAUCCAAUAACAUUAUACUAUUUAACAAGGACAACAUCACAGUUUAAGAUCAGACUUUAGUCCUUCUUCUAGUAGUAAACAAUACUAUUAAUCACAUUGUAAAAAAGCAAAGUUUUCUUACUAAAUAACAGAGUGAUUAAUUAUAUUCUAUUUCAAGCUGUUUUCCUAAUGAUUGUGCCAAUCUUUUUGUAUCACUCUUCUAAUAAAUCAACAACAUGUGCACUUACUUAUUCCGUUGUAUAAACCAAGAAUACAUCGUGUUGCGUACUUA